AUGUCUGACGCCAAGGUUGAAACUCAUGAGUUCACUGCUGAGAUCUCUCAGUUGAUGUCUUUGAUUAUCAAUACUGUUUACUCAAACAAGGAGAUCUUUUUGAGAGAAUUGAUUUCUAACGCAUCUGAUGCUUUGGAUAAGAUCAGAUACGAAGCUUUGAGUGACCCUACAAAGUUGGAUACUGAACCAGCUUUAUUUAUUCGUAUCACUCCUCAUAAGGACCAAAAGGUUUUGGAAAUUAGAGAUUCUGGUAUUGGUAUGACUAAAGCUGAUUUGGUUAACAACUUGGGUGUUAUUGCCAAGUCUGGUACCAAGGCUUUUAUGGAAGCUUUAUCUGCUGGUGCCGAUGUUUCUAUGAUUGGUCAAUUCGGUGUCGGUUUCUACUCCCUUUUCUUGGUUGCUGACCACGUUCAAGUUAUCUCCAAGCACAAUGAUGACGAACAAUACAUUUGGGAAUCAAAUGCUGGUGGUAAGUUCACUGUUACCUUGGAUACCGUUAACGAAAGACUCGGUCGUGGUUCUAUCUUGAGAUUGUUCUUGAAGGAUGAUCAAUUGGAAUACUUGGAAGAAAAGAGAAUUAAAGAAGUUGUCAAGAGACACUCUGAAUUCGUUUCUUACCCUAUCCAAUUGACUGUCACCAAGGAAGUUGAAAGAGAAGUCACUCCAGAAGGUGAAGAAGCUGAAACCAAGGAAGAAGAUAAGACCGAUGUUGAAGGUGAAGAUGACAAGAAGCCUAAAUUGGAAGAAGUUGAAGAUGAAGAAACCGAAAAGAAGCCAGAAGAAGUCAAGAAGAUUAAGGAGGAAGUCACUGAAUUGGAAGAAUUGAACAAGACUAAGCCAUUGUGGACCAGAAACCCAUCUGAUGUCACUCAAGAAGAAUACAAUGCUUUCUACAAGUCCAUUUCUAAUGAUUGGGAAGACCCAUUGGCUGUUAAGCACUUUAGUGUUGAAGGUCAAUUAGAAUUCAAGGCUAUCUUGUUUGUUCCAAAGAGAGCUCCAUUUGAUGCUUUUGAAUCUAAGAGAAAGAAGAACAACAUUAAGUUGUACGUCAAGAGAGUUUUCAUCACUGAUGAUGCUGAAGAAUUGAUUCCUGAAUGGUUAUCUUUCAUUAAGGGUGUUGUUGAUUCUGAAGAUUUACCAUUGAACUUAUCCAGAGAAAUGUUGCAACAAAACAAGAUCAUGAAGGUUAUCAAGAAGAACAUUGUUAAGAAGUUGAUUGAAACUUUUAAUGAAAUUGCUGAAGAUCAUGAGCAAUUUGACAAGUUCUACACUGCUUUCUCCAAGAACAUCAAGUUGGGUAUUCACGAAGAUCAACAAAACAGAGCUGCUUUAGCUAAGUUGUUGAGAUACAACUCCACCAAGUCUACUGAAGAAUUGACUUCUUUGACUGACUAUGUUACCAGAAUGCCAUCUCACCAAAAGAAUAUUUACUACAUUACUGGUGAAUCCAUUAAGGCUGUUGAAAAGUCACCAUUCUUGGAUGCUUUGAAGGCUAAGAACUUUGAAGUUUUGUUUUUGGUUGACCCAAUUGAUGAAUAUGCUAUGACUCAAUUGAAGGAAUUUGAAGACAAGACUUUGGUUGAUAUCACCAAGGAUUUCGAAUUGGAAGAAACUGAAGAAGAAAAGAAGCAAAGAGAAGAAGAAGUUAAAGAAUUUGAACCAUUGACCAAAUCUUUGAAGGAAAUCUUGGGUGAUCAAGUUGCUAAUGUUGUUGUAUCUUACAAGUUGGUUGAUGCUCCAGCUGCUAUUAGAAGUGGCCAAUUUGGAUGGUCUGCUAAUAUGGAAAGAAUUAUGAAGGCUCAAGCUUUAAGAGACACCACUAUGUCUGCAUACAUGUCAUCCAAGAAGACUUUUGAAAUUUCUCCUAAAUCUCCUAUUAUUAAGGAAUUGAAAGAGAAGGUUGAAAAGGAUGGUAUUGAAGACAAGACCGUUAGGGAUUUGACUACUUUAUUGUAUGAAACUGCUUUGUUGACCUCUGGUUUCUCUUUGGAAGAACCUGCAGCUUUUGCUCAUAGAAUCAAUAGAUUAAUCUCUUUGGGAUUAAACAUUGAAGAACCUGAAGAAGCUGAAGAAGUUAAGCCAGAAGCUAAGACUGAAGGUGAGCCAGUUGUUGAAUCAGCUAUGGAAGAUGUUGAUUAA